AUGGCCUGUGGAUUCUUCAUCAACAUCGCUGAUAUAUCAAUCUGGCUCCGCUGGACAAAAUGGACUGCAUACGUGUACUAUGCUUUUGGCGCUUUGUGUUACAAUGAAUUUGCGGGGCAAUUUUACAAUUGUCCUGCUAUUGACGAGUCUCCCACUUCUGCAGCCUGCACCCAAUAUAAUGGGGAUUUUGUUCUUCAAUCACUGAAAAUACCCAGGAAUUGGUUAUGGAAACCGAUCCUAGCGAUGGUGUUAUUUGCAAUAUUCUUCACUACAUUGAGUGUUCUUGUUCUUCAUCUAAAGCACGAAGACACUAAAGUAUCAAAACCUUUUGUGAAGGAUCAGAAUCAUCCCGAGGAACGCGUUCAUCUACGUAACACUCGAACAGCUCCCAAGCGCGAAACUACAGUUACUCUGCAACAAGUGUCUUUGGGGCUCAAAAAGAAACAUCUCUUCCGGAAGGCAAGCCCACAACCGAUCAUUUCCAAUAUCUCGGCGGUGUUCAAAGCUGGUUCUGUGAACGUGAUUAUGGGCCCGUCCGGUAGUGGCAAAACCUCGCUACUAAACUACAUGGCUGGGAGAUCACAUGGCGACCCGAGGAACCAGUAUGAUAUAGCUGGAAGCAUGUUGAUCAACGAUGCCACCGUCACAAAAUCUGUAAUCCAGUCUGCUUCCGCCUAUGUUCCUCAAGACAAUAGUGGAAUGCUUCCAUUCUUAACAGUCCGCGAAACACUCCUCCAUGCUGCAUAUAUGAGACUUCCUCAUCAUCAGAGCAAGACUCAGCAUGUUGAGCGUGCGGAAACACUCAUGGCAGCUCUUGGUUUGAAGAACUGUGCCGACGUCGUGGUCGGCAAUGAGCUUCUAAGAGGAAUAAGUGGCGGGGAGAAAAGGAGGUUAUCUGUCGCCAUUCAGAUCCUCGCUGACCCGCUCAUACUGUUCCUUGACGAACCAACUUCAGGUCUCGAUACCAGUACUGCUUCCUCUAUCAUAGACCUUCUACACCGUCUCGCCACGGAAGGCCGCACAGUGAUUAUGUCUAUCCAUCAGCCGCAAUCAAGGUGGUUAACUAAGUUUGCUACUACGCUAUUGUUAACCAAAGAUGGACAGGUUGCAUAUUCCGGAGAUACAAACUCGAUGCGCGAUCACUUUCUUCAAAUCGGAUAUGACUGUCCAGAUUGCCAGAAUCCAGCUGAUUUUGCUAUGGACGUUGUGACAUACGAUCUGCAACCACAUCACGCUCGGAGCAACAUAGAAAAGGAACAGUCUGUGCCUGCGAAUGCAGCUCUUUUCGACGAUCAUAGUUGCCGGCCGCUCGUGUGUACGGCAAAUACAUCUAUUGUACAAGCGGCUCAGCUGGGCGAAAUUCAACGCGACCAACUGCCCUUUGGUGCUUCUUUAGCUCUGCUACUUCGCCGAGCUUGCCUGAAUCUUACUCGUCAGCCAGUGCUCGCCAUUGGCAGAGUAUCACAGAUUCUUGGGCUUGCUGUGGUUCUGACAUGCUUCGUUGCCCCUUUGAGGAACGACUAUUCCUCUGUCCAAAGUCGAAUGGGCUAUAUCUUACAGAUCACUUCACUGUUCUUCGUGGGGAUGUUAAACGCCAUUGCCAUUUAUCCUGCGGAACGUGACCUAUUUUACCGGGAACACUAUGACGGCCUUUACUCCGUUGAAGCAUUCCUUGUUUCGUACACAAUACUCGAGCUCUCUUCCGAACUGAUUGGAGCAAUUCUCUUCAGCUUACUAACCGUACUUGUUGGUGGACUGCCAAGGACACCAGGGCUGGUUUUUAUUGUUGCCUUGAAUGCUCUUUGCGCCAGCUCUUGCGGAGAGAGUCUUGGUAUCAUUCUGAUGACGUUUUUCACCCAUACUGGAUUCGCUGUUACAGUAUCAUGUAUCCUGAUGUCAGUCAGUAUGCAUCUUACAGGAGUGAUAGCGAUAAACAUACCCGACUUCCUCAUGGUUGUGAACUAUAUCUCCCCGCUCAGAUGGAUGUUGGGGAAUCUUGCGCCUCACAGUCUACAUGGGGUCAAUUUUACUUGCAAAUUAUUUCAACAGCAAGCUAAUGGUACCUGUCCUAUUGAGAACGGACAACAAGUUCUAGACUUAUACAACCUAGACGUCAACGCACCUAGGUAUUUAUUCAUUCUAUUGGGGGUUACAGUAUGUUAUCGACUCCUGGCUUAUAUAGUACUCAAAGUGCGACGAAUACGCUAG